GCUGCUCUCACCUUCAUAUGCGGGUGGCUUGGCGAGCUGUUUGACGGUUUCCAUGGCAACCCGAAGCUCCUGUCAAUCAAGCACCGCAGCUCAGCACGGAAGAGUCAAGUUCAGCAUCGAUUUAAAGUCUCCGCGUUUGACCCCUGCAAUCAGCCUUAACCAGUGGACACUGAGGAUUUUGUGUCUGUAUGGUACUACUGAGUGAAUACUGGAUACUUGUCUUCAGCAAUAGGCAAUGGCUGACAGAGGCCAUGGCAGAGCAGACAGAGAUGCAGAGGACACAGAUGAGCUUCUUUACACAGAUCUUCACAGCAGUGUGUCUGGACUGGACUCUCCUCCUCUCAAAUUGGACCACUGCGACCUUCUCCUAGAUGCUAUUGAUGCUCAGCUUGGUCAGCUGCAGGUCCAGCCCCAGAAACAUCAGGCAAUUUCUAGAGAGCAUGAUUGCAGUGAUGCAGCUCCUCUCAACUGGAGUCAAUCUCUGAGCAAAGACACAGGGCUUGGGAGUACUACUCAAACAACUGACACUCCUAUUUCUUGUCUUGAUUUGAUAAACACUCUGACAAUGGAGCAAACAUCAGAGAGUAGCACAGACUGCCAGGACGGUCCCAUUACUCAUGAGGAAACAAAACUGAAAUUGGAAAGAAGGACAAGAGACAAGGAGGAAAUAGAGACUCAGAGGGAGCAGGUGAUGUGGAGGCUCCAGAGGCUGCUUGGAGACUCCUGUAACGAGGGAAGGAUGACAGGAGUAACCCACCCUCCUUCAGACAGCAUCUGCACUGAGGACUUUGUCAGAUGCUUCAGAGAUGAAAUGGUCGGAUUGGCAUUGCCAGUGAGUAAUGUGCAGCAACUUGACAAAGAGGAAGAGGCUGAGAGGACAGAGAUACUCAACUGUGACACUUGCCAGAGUGAACAAAAAGAACACUGUAUUCUUAAUGUCGACAGAAGAGGAACAGCAAUGACUGGGGAAAGCAAUAAAGACACAGAGACCGCUCACUAUUGUCAAAGAAAGGAACUGGAGAAAUGGGUUUAUGACAGCUAUGGAGUUAAUACAUCAUGUAGUGAGCAAGCAGGAGCUGGAGAGACAUACAACCCACCACAGAGGCUUGGUGAUGAUGGCAGUAGCAUCCACAGAACAGAGGUUGUAACAGAACAUGAAACCCUGUGGCAGAACAACAGCCGUUCUCCUAAGACCAGGAGCUUGGCAGGAGUACCUGUGUGGAGUUUUGACACCGUGUCCAUUGACAGUGACCUUGACUCAGUCUGCACAGAGCAAGUCAGGCAGCAUAUUCACAGGCAACCAGGAUGGCGCUCUCUCAUUCAGUCUGUCACGGGCAUGGAUGACUACUGUACCAACCAGAGUGACUGUGACACACCCGCACAGGAAGAAAGUGAACCUCGAUCUACAUCAGGCCAAAGAUCCUCAUAUGGAAAUGUACAUAACAGAAGUCCUUCUGUCCGUAAAGCACAGCGCAACAAGAGAGAAACUUACAGACUUGUGUGUUCUUUGGAGGACAAUGACAAUGACACAGAUGAGGAAAUGAAUCACUGGAGCAGUAGAUGCCGGCCUGAGAGGACGUCAGAGAAGAUGCACUCUGAUUGGGCGAAGAUGAAAGAGCGGCUCUCCACACUCCGACAAAAAUGUGAAAAGGAGGAGCAGACACUACAGAACAAGAAGACUCAGUUAAAAGAUGUUGAGCUCUGCCUCUCCGAACUUCAACAGAGAAGAAAGCAUGCCUUGCAGGAAUUAGAGCAACUGACUGUAGAGACAGCAAAGAUGGAGAAGGAGAGGAGGACUCUGGAGUUCAUUCUGAGAGACAGUAGGGCAGGGAAAGACUCUAUUAGUUGCCAGCUGCAUGAGCUGCAGAGGCAGAGAGAGUCCUGUACCCUCGAGGUGAGAGACAUGAAAGAAGAACUCGCAACUCUGAGUCAAAGUAAACAGACUCUUAAGGAUUCGGCCUUCACGGAGAGGCCCAGUGUCGUCAUGUCAGUGCUGGAGAGAGAGGAGAUGGAAAGACAGCUGGAUAAUGCCAAAACAGAACUGUUUGCUGAACAGCGACGUGCAAGAGAGAAGCAAGAGUCCAUGCAAGAAAAGUUGGAGGAGACUCGUGAGGAGCUCCAGAGGGUUACAGAGGCAGAGAGCUUACUGAGGAACAGCUGUGUUUGUCUGGAGGAGAAACAGAGGCAGAAAAAGGAUCACAUCGAGGCGGUAGAGUUUCAAGUAAGCGAGCUGCAGGGUGAACUGGGAGAAUGCAAGAUCAGAGUGGGCACUCAGGAGAAGAUGUUGGCCCAGAAGGAGCUGCAGCUACUAGAUUUACAGGAGCAACGUGGGGCCUUACAAGCAGAAAGUGAUGGGCUGAAGGGGGAGCUACAACACCUGAACACCCAGCACUGCAAUGCACGGAAAGAGGUCCAUGAGCAAGCUCAUAGAAUGAUGGAGGCAGCAUUAAAGCAGCAAAAGAAAGAAUUGGCAUUGGCUCACGAGCAGCAAAUCCAAAAGGUUAAUAAGCAGACUAAAGAGGAAAAGGCAAACGCUUUGAAAGAACAAGCUCUGUCUCUCACACGACACAUUGAGGCCUUGAAAAGUUCCAUUCAGCUAAAAGAAGAAGAGGCAAAGAAGCUGAGGGAUUCUCUGGAGCAGCAGAAGCAGGAGGCAAAGAACCGUGAAGAAGAGCUACAUGUAGAAGCUUUGGAAAAGGUGCACAAAGCAAUAGAGGAGGAGAGGAGGAAGUGGGGGGCAGAAAAAGUGCAAGCAGUGCAGGUGCACUGUGGGAUACUGGAAGAGCAGAAUAGAAAGAGACUGAAAAGCAUGAGGAGUGAGAUGCAGCGAGAGAAGAGUAAAGCACUGGCUCUUCAACAUAAAAUGAUGGAACUAAAAACUAGAGUGCAGGAGAUGGAGAGUGAAAGCUGUGCGCAGCAGAGAGAGAAGGAGUCUUUGCUGGCUGUUAUUUGCAAAUCACUGAAAGAGGAGCAUCAGGCUGAGCUGCAGAAGUUGCAGAGACAGAUGGCACAGGAGAGUCAGAGGGCAGUGCUGCGGCUCGAGCAGGCUGCUCAGCUGGCAGAGAAAGAGGCUGACAGGCUCCAGGUGAUGCUUGAAGAAAGGGAGAGGAGCCAUAACCAAAUCACAGCUGAACUGGACCAGCAGCUCAGGCACUGGGCCAAGGAGCUGGGAGCAGAGUGCCAGCAUCUACACCUCUUAGUGGAGCAGAGUGGAGCCAAACAAAGUUCUGUGCACCUAACUCCCAGUCCUACAGCAGCUGAGGCUCUAACAAACCUGAGAACACUAAGAGAGCAGUUGAAGCAAUUGAUAAACCAUCUACAACAGGAGCUUGAUUCACAGAAACAAACCACUGAGCAGCUGAGAAAAGACAAGGAGCGUGAAUUGAGCAUCCAGAGGCAACAGCUGAGGAUGAACAGAGACCAAGCCUUGGAUUCUCUAAAGGAGCGUCUCAUUCAGGAGCACAUUGAGGAGUUAAGCAGUCUGAACUGGCCUCAUAUGUGUGAUGGAGGGGCUGAGGGAGGAGGAGUGGCAGCAUCACUUCGCAAACAGCUGAAGGCCAAAGACCUGGAGCUCAGGCAGGUUCAGAGAAGCAUGGGUCAGUGGAAGGAACAGACUGCAGCUCGUCUGGCAUGCAAGUUUGAAGAAGAGUUGACAGCGGAACUAGAAAGGUGCAAGACAAAGUUGUUAAGGUGCAGAAAACCAUCAAAGACUCAAGAGGAGAGUCAGAGAAAGUGUGAGAGGCCUGAAGGACAGAUGAUGUUUAGUGCAAAGGAAGCUCAGAAUUCGGUUUGCUCUCCCUCCCUCCAUGUUGUGGCCUCUGCUGCCUCCCACAGCCCCUCAGACGUGGCUUCAUUUAAGCUUCUACGUUACCUCCAGAGCAGAGUCAAGCAGCUCCGUGUAGAAAACCAGGCCUACACCCAGAGCCCAUCGCCUUCAAAUACAAUCCCUUUACAUUUGGCAGGAUCCUAUCUUACAACAAAGCACCACAAGAAACGAGACACAUCAUCCCAAACUAGCUGCUUGUCCUCUAUCACUCAAGGUCAAGACGUUCCUGGGAUUCAGAGUCACUCAUCCAUCAGGACAGUCUCAAGUUAAAGACAUGAAACCUGUGUGUGUUGCAAACACCAGUGAUAUAUGAUAUGUAAUGCAUUUCAAGCUAUUUCCUGUGGCCAUAGAAAUGAAUCAUUUACGGUUACAUGUACUUAAGAUUGCAGGUUAACAAGCAGGUCACAGUGACAAAUUACACAACCCAAGAUUUGGUCAUUAAGUUCCCAUUUUUCUGUGUUAAGGCAGUUAAGUUUUAUGGCUUCAGGUUACAAUAAACUCUGAAUAAGCGAUGAACUGACAUUUCACCAAAGAUCAUGUGAGUUAUGUCAGAGAACCUCAUAAAGCUGACAGGUCUUUAUGGGAAUCCUUUGUAUGAUCAUAAACGUUACAAGAUGUUAAAUUGUACCCAAAAACAGUUUUGUAGAUUGCUGGCAAGUUCAAACUAAAUUAUGUCAUUAGCAUUUCAUAUAACGACUUAAUUAACUUGGUGAAAAUGUUUCAUCUUAAUGUAAAAUAAACCGCUGGGACUGACGUCACAUAUUUAAAAGAUGGUUUCCUUAUAAUCACUUCUGAUAUCACACAUGCAAUCUGUUAUUUUCUAAUUUGUUAGCCAUGCUUCUGUAGUUGUGUUGUUGGUUCUCCCUGUGAGAUCAAAAAUGUUUAAAAAGGAGAAUGUAGGACCAGCGCCUAUUUAUAAAACUACUAUUUGCCAAAACAUAAUUGUCAGCAUCAGUCUUGUUAUCAGAGCUGGCCCCAACUGAGCAGAUAAAUAAAAAUCAUCCUCAAUUAAAACAAUGACAUGGCUCUAAUUCGCUUAACACAGUAAAUAAUUGAAUUUGAUUGACAAAUUGGAGGCUGUUUUUAAUAACCUAAUAGUUCAUUGAUUAAAACCAUACUUACCUAAUUUUCAAAAUAUAUGUAUGCAUAUGGUCACUUCCACAGGGGUUAGUCCUGGACCCCUACUCUUCCUGAGGUAAUGAUAACACAAUGAUUACAAUGUUCACCAAACAAGAGGAUUGCUUUCACUUAAUUUAAGUAAGAUUUUGUCCAACAAUGCCAUGCAGAAUCUCUACAUGGACAACGUAAGAAUUUAUUAAAAAACAAAUAGAAAUCUGAACAUACGAUGGCUGGUUGCAAUUCUGGUAAUGUAUUUAUGAAAAUACAAUCAAAUCAUAAAAAAAUGUGCAUUUCCAUGACUUCUUUACGAAUUUCUCAAAGCUCACAGAUGGUAUACUUGCUAAGCACUAUAGGAAGAUAAACUUUUAUCACAACAAGCACAAAAGCAAACAGGAUGCUGUGAGCAAAUGUGAACACACAGGAACAAUAUUUAGUGUCCUGGUAAUGAUGGCCAGAAG